AACGGUUCGAAUUCGAUCAUUUGCGAAUGGCUAAAAGAAAAAACGCAGAGAAUAAAAAAUUCCUUAUUACUAUAAUAUUACGAAAUUUUAUUUGGUAAUGUGUUGAAGGAAAAGUACAAUUCAGGGGAUUAGCUUUUAUGUUUGGAAACGCGUUUCGAAACGCUAUCUCAAGGGUCUGUUUGGUUUGGUUUGGUUUGGUUUCAUUUCAGUGAGACUGAGAAGAGAGGGUCUGCGCCAUGGCUGAUCACGAGGAGAAGAAGCACGAGGAAUCGUUGAUGGAUAAGAUAACUGACAAGAUCCACGACCACGUUUCUUCAUCGUCGUCGGAUUCCGAGGACGAGAAAUCGUCUCCGUCAACCGUCAAGUCCAAAAUCUACCGUCUCUUCGGCAGAGAAACGCCUGUGCACAAAGUUCUCGGCGGAGGCCAACCUGCUGAUAUUUUCCUGUGGAGGAACAAAAAGAUCUCUGCUGGAGUCCUUGGUGGCGCAACGGCAAUAUGGGUUCUGUUUGAAUUGCUUGAAUACCACCUUCUCACCUUGAUAUGCCACUGUUUGAUACUUGCACUGGCUGUACUUUUCUUGUGGGCAAAUGCCACCGUGUUCAUCAACAAGUCAACUCCACGCAUCCCACAAGUUCACAUCCCUGAGGAGCCAGUUCGACAGUUUGCAGAUGCACUGAGGUUUGAGAUUAAUCGGGCUUUUGCUGUCUUGCACGAUAUUGCAUCUGGAAGGGAUCUCAAGAAAUUCCUCUCUGUGAUUGCAGGCUUGUGGGUCCUGUCUAUUGUGGGCAGCUGUUGCAAUUCCUUGACCUUGUUCUACAUAGUUUUUGUACUGUUUCACACGGUGCCCGUGCUCUAUGAGAAGUACGAGGACAAGAUUGACCCAUUCGCUGAGAAAGCAAUGCGUGAGAUCCAGAAGCAGUAUGCAGUUUUUAAUGCAAAGGUUUUAAGUAAGAUUCCAAGAGGGCCAUUGAAGAGCAAAAAGACGGCAUAAGAUGACUGGCUCUGUGUGGAUGUGUUGAAGUGAGGUGUUGUGAAUUCUGGGCCAGUUGCCCAGUGUCAGCUCCAACCCUCUUUUAUCUUUUGUUCGUAGGAUUGGGUUCUCAACUCAGAUAAAAUAUGGUUUAUUUCUCAUACUUGUUUUUCUUAGUUACAUUAUAGCCAUGUUGGGAAUCUAGCUGCUAUGAAAGAUAUGGUGAUAUGUUAUAACAUUUCAUGUUUAUUUGUUGCUACUGUAUUGUACAUUGGGUUUCAAGUUAGCAGUUGUGCGUUGGUACACUGUCGGAAUGUACUUGCUAAGUUGUUUAGGGAUUAUGGAAUGGUUGACAUUGCAAUUUCAAGUCUCAGAAUAUCCCCUGCUUGAUGACUCUUGUCCUCUUCAUCUUCUUUUUUAGUUGUAAUGUCUUUUGUGUUGUUUCCAGCCCCAGCUGUUAGUUCUCUCCAAGUAAUAACAGAAGAAUAAUACGGGAUUCAAUGU